GGCACGGCCCCUGUCAGUAUUUGGGCCCGGCUCUUCUCGAGCUCAUCGUUAUCCUCCUGCCCGCUUUCCCCGCCCUCCUUGACCGCAGCUCGAGAAUCGAGAAGCCGCCGCCGUUUGCGCGACUGGGGCCGGACGAGUUUGAGGGUCUGGGGGUCGGUGCUGCCGCCUUUGCCUCCGAGCCUGGGCCCAGCCGCCGCCGUGGUCGCCACCUCGGCGGGGCGGGGAGAUGCAGCCGCCGCCGGGCCCGCCCCAGCUGUAUUCGCCCACUAACGGGGACUUUACCUUCGUUUCCUCUGCAGAUGCUGAAGAUCUCAGUGGUUCAAUAGCAUCUCCAGAUGUCAAACUAAACCUUGGUGGAGACUUUAUCAAAGAAUCUACAGCUACUACGUUUCUGAGACAGAGGGGCUAUGGCUGGCUCUUAGAAGUGGAAGAUGAUGACCCUGAAGAUAACAAGCCUCUCUUGGAAGAACUGGACAUUGAUCUGAAGGACAUUUACUACAAAAUUCGAUGUGUAUUGAUGCCAAUGCCAUCACUUGGUUUUAAUAGGCAAGUGGUGAGAGACAAUCCUGAUUUUUGGGGCCCUUUAGCAGUUGUUCUUUUCUUCUCAAUGAUUUCAUUAUAUGGACAGUUCAGGGUGGUUUCAUGGAUCAUAACUAUUUGGAUAUUUGGCUCCCUAGCAAUUUUCUUAUUAGCCAGAGUACUUGGUGGAGAAGUUGCAUAUGGUCAAGUUCUUGGUGUCAUAGGAUAUUCGUUACUUCCUCUCAUUGUAAUAGCGCCUCUACUUUUGGUGGUUGGAUCAUUUGACGUUGUAUCAACACUAGUAAAACUGUUUGGAGUCUUUUGGGCUGCCUACAGUGCUGCUUCCCUAUUAGUUGGUGAAGAAUUCAAGACCAAGAAGCCUCUCCUGAUUUAUCCAAUUUUUUUAUUAUUCAUUUAUUUCUUUUCCUUAUAUACUGGGGCGUGAUCUGAACAAAAAAGGCAUAUAUGGGUAGGAAAUUAUUACAUACAUAUGCAGGCUGGAAAUUCAUGUGGAAUAGAUUGGAGAAAACAUGUAUGUAGAUGGUCUUAUAUGUCCCAGUUGUAAAGACAGGUUUAAGAUUUAAAAGCCUGCUUAUCCAUUACUAUUUAAGCAGUUGUAGCUAUAUAGAUGUGUCAGAAUUCUAAAUUUUGUUUAAAAUUCUUCAUAUUUCAGUGAAUAAGAUAUAAAAGCAUUGUGUUUAUAAGAUCAUGUCAGUAUAUACCUGAAUACCUGUGCCAAAAGCACCAGGACUGGGUUAUUGUAUUACACUUGAAGGGUAAAUAUGGCAAGAUCUUGAUAAUCUAAAAGUGCAAAUUUUUUUUCAUUUAAUAAGCUGAAUUUUUUUCGCACAGCAAAUUCUGUAG